AGUCCUGGCAGGGCCGCCAUUUUUGCAAGGGGAAAAGAGACUGGUUUGAGGGGAUCUAAUUUCGAAAAGUCGCCGAUGACUAGGGCACUGUUUUAACGGUUUCGUGUAGAUUUAUAGGAAAAAUCCGGGACACCUCGUAGACAAAGACGCAAGAGAUUUUUCACACGAAAGGACUCUUUGGCGGACAAGUUAAUAUACAAGCAUUUUAAAGCUUUGCUAGGGAUCCGCAGUGUGUGGACAGAAGUAUUGUUUUGGUUGUGGAAGCUGUGUGGAAAGCGACGGGGGUCUUACCCAGGUCCCCCAAAUCGCUAAUCGGAUCCUUCAGAGUGGACAUAAAACGGCCUUGUGGAUGCACUUAGAUGUCUGCAAUGACUGCUGUGGCUGGCAUGCCUCAGUGUUUUGGACUCCCAUUCUCUGGACUCAGUAGGACAAGAACUGAUCAGCAGAGAACGUCAUGAGCAUAGUCAUCCCAGUAGGGGUGGACACAGCGGACGCCUCAUACCUGGACAUGGCUGCAGGCUCAGACAGACCAGAAUCGGUGGAGGCCAGCCCCGUGGUGGUGGAGAAGUCCAGCUACCCGCACCAGAUCUACAGCAGCGGCUCUCACCAUUCCCACAGUUACAUUGGCCUGCCGUACGCCGACCAUAACUAUGGGGCGCGGCCCCCACCCACUCCACCGGCCUCCCCUCCCCCCUCCAUGUUGAUCCGACAAGGAGAGGGGGGGUUGUUUGUUCCAGGAGGCCAGGACGAAGCAUCCAGGGGCACAACGCUCAGCACCUCAGAAGAUGGCAGCUACGGGGCAGACAUCACCCGCUGCAUCUGUGGCUUCACCCACGAUGACGGCUACAUGAUCUGCUGCGACAAGUGCAGCGCGUGGCAGCUUAUCGACUGCAUGGGCAUCGACAGGCAGAACAUUCCUGAGACUUACCUGUAUGAGCGCUGCCAACCACGACACCUGGAUAGAGAGCGGGCCAUCCUGCUGCAGACCAGGAAACGAGAGUGUCUCUCUGAUGGUGACACCAGUGCAACAGAGAGUGGAGAUGAGGUGCCAUUAGAACUUUACUCCACCUUCCAACACACGCCUACCACCAUCACGCUCACCACUGGGCGCCUCGGCAAUAAGCAGACUGAUAAAAAACGUAAAAAGAGCGGCGAUAAAGAGCCUCAAGCCUCCUCUGCCCGCGCUAAGAAGGCCUUCCGAGAAGGGUCCAGAAAGUCCUCCAGAGUAAAGGGCGCCGCUCCGGAGCAGGAGCCGACGGAGCACCCGUCUCUGUGGGAGAACAAACUCAAGACGUGGAUGGAGCGAUACGAGGAGGCCAGCAGCAAUCAGUACAGCGAGGACGUCCAGGUCCUGUUGCGUGUCAAAGAGCAAGGCGAUGGCAAGAGCCUGGCAUACAACACGCACCCGGCCUCCUUCAAGCCGCCGGUGGAGAGUCAAGUUCAGAAGAACAAGAAGAUCCUCAAGGCGGUGCGAGACUUGGCCCCGGACUCCCUCAUCAUCGAGUACAGGGGAAAGUUCAUGCUUCGACAGCAGUUUGAGGCCAACGGAUACUUCUUCAAGAGGCCAUACCCCUUUGUGUUGUUUUAUUCCAAGUUUGAUGGACUAGAGAUGUGUGUGGACGCUCGUAGCUUCGGCAACGAGGCGCGCUUCAUCCGUCGCUCCUGCACCCCGAAUUCUGAGGUGCGGCACGUGGUUGAGGACGGGAUGCUGCAUUUAUACAUCUACUCCUUGAGGCCGAUCGUCAAAGGCACAGAAAUCACCAUUGGUUUUGAUUACGACUACGGCAGCUGUAAAUACAAGGUGGACUGUGCCUGCGUGAAGGGGAACCAGGAGUGCCCGGUGCUCAAGCACAACCUCGAACCCACGGAGAACCUGGGCUCCGGAGGCCGGCGACGAGGGAGCCGCAAGGACAAGGAGACGGUCCGGGACGACCAGGGCCAGAACCAGAACGUGGGCCUGGACUGCGAGGGGAAGAGCAAGAGCGCCGGCGACGGCAAACAGAGGAAGCUCUCUCCUCUCCGCCUCUCCAUCUCAAACAACCAGGAUCCUGAGUUAUAUGAGGAUCUAGAAGACAAAACCUCCGUUAGCAAUGAAGUAGAGAUGGAGUCAGAGGAGCAGAUUGCAGAGAGGAGGAGGAAGAUGGCCAACCCAGCGGAGCAGUCCCAUCUCCCUGUCGGGGCGGCUUCCAGCUGGAAGGGACUGAAACACAAGGAGACACGGGAAGAGAGGAAGAUGGAGGCCACUCUGCAGGCCUUUGCCCGGAUGGAGAAACGGGAUAAUCGUACGGAGCAGGCCCUGGAGAAAAUCGGCGGCGUCAAGACGGAUAUUGGCGGCCGCCGCGACGUCAAGGAGGAGCCGCCCGCCACGCCCGAGAUGGGUGGAUUCUCCGACGGUCAUGCAGGGGAGAACCCGCUGCUGGAGGUGAAAGAGGAGCCGGGACUGAAGCCAGCUAAGGUCAAAAGCUCGAGGAACAGGAAGAGCUUCUCAAGGAACCGCACGCACAUCGGUCAACAGCGGCGGCGAGCUCGCACCAUCAGCACCUGCUCCGACCUGGCCCCCGGCUCUCCGACCGAGUCGGUGGAGCCGCUGACCAACGAGGCCCCCGAAGGAGAGGCGCCGGCCGCGCCCGAGCCGGAGGCCAUCCCCGACGAAGCGCCGGACACCAGCCCCCCGCACAGCUGCUCGCCCGCGCCGGACCGACACCGCAACGGGAGCAAGAGCUUCAAAUCUAAAAAGCACUUUGUGAGUGAGUGGGUGGGAGAGAAGCAGCAGGACCGCGGCGGCGUACGGACCCCAGAGCCGGUGCCAGAGAGGCCGCUGAGAAUAAGCAGUGACCCCGAAGUACUCGCCACGCAGCUGAACGCCCUGCCGGGCAUGGCCUGCUCUCCGCAGGUCUACAGCACCCCCAAACACUACGUCCGCUUCUCGUCCCCAUUCCUGGCUAACCGCAGCCCCACCACCCCCGGGGUCCCCACCGGGAGACGGCGUUCCCGGGAACUGCCCGAAACCCCGCCCACCACCGGCUCCUGCAAGAAGCGAUGGUUGAAGCAGGCUCUGGAGGAGGAGGGCUCCACCAGCCCGGCCAGAGGACCAAGCCUCCUGAUGCCCAGCGAGGGUCCUCUCAGCCCCCCCAUUAACGGGGACUCUGACAGCCCUCUAGCCUACAACGGUACCUGCUCGCUACCAGAGUUGCCCACGCCGCUGAAAAAGCGGCGGCUGAGUCCGCUGGACGCCUGCAUGUCCGAGAGCUCCACGCCCUACGGCUCCCCUUGUGCCACGCCCACCAGGGCCGACCAAUCGGAGACACCCGCGACCCCCGUCCUACCGGCUACCCCGCCGCGUCCCCGGACCGAGGAGCCGAGCGCGGAGCCCCCGCCCAGCACCCCAACGCAGACACUUAACGUCCUCCAGGAGAGUGACUCUUCGGUGGAAAGCUCCCCGGAGGUCAGCCGGAAACCCAGCGUGCAAGAGGCCGACCGUCCUCCUUCGUUGGUCUCCUCUCCGUGCGUCAGGGCUCCCAGUUCGGACGGACCCCCGACAGACGCCACGGCGACGGUUCCCGAAAGCCCGCAGCCCCCGGCCGCCGCCGCCGCCGAGCCUAUGGACUGCGGGGAGGACCGGGCCGACGGCGCGGUUGUCGAGGGGAGCAACGAGGCUUCCUCAUCCGCAGAAACAUGUGCUUCCUCUUUCCCCGGCUGGAUAAAAAGCCCCGACAGAGGCCCGACUGGACCAGCUGGCCUGAACUUCUCCCCAGUCAACUCAAACCUAAGGGACCUCACCCCCUCGCACACCCUGGAGCCUCUGGUGGCCCCCUUCAGGCCCGAGGCCGCAGCGGGGGCCGCAGCGGGGGCCGCCGCGGCGGGGACGGUGCCGCUGGUCGUCUCUCAGCCCCCCUUCCCUGAAGCCCAGGGGCCGCUCUUUUACCCCUGCCCCGAGGAGGCCACUUCACUGGGCUUCUCGCGCUCGCUGAACGGGGACGGCUCGGGCGAGGGGGGAGGCUCAGCGCAGAAUCCCCCACAGAAGAAAAAGGUGUCCCUGCUGGAGUACAGGAAGCGCCAGCGCGAAGCCCGGCGCAGCGGCUCCAAGGCCGAGUGCGGCUCCCCCGUGUCCGCCGCGCCUCCUUUGACUGUGGACGCCUUCGCCGCCGCGUUAGAGACCACGAGUGAAGCGCCUCUGCCUCCUGCUCCGCCUCCUCUCUGCAACACCGCCACCAGCACCGCGGCAAAAGAGCCCCCGGCGAGCGAGGAGGGGGAGGUGCCAGCGGAGAAAGGAGAGAAGGAAGGAGGAGAGGGACAGUGGACGUCGUCCACUUCUGUGGAGCAGGCGCGAGAGCGCGGCUACCACCGAGCGCUGCUGCUCAGCAAAGACAAGGACGCGGAUGGUGAGACCGAAGGUGGAGACACGCCCGCGCUGAGGGACUGCCCCUCUCCGAGUCUUCAAAAGACGCCGACCCACGCGCCCUGCUCUCCCGGUCCCGUGGCUCCGCCUCCCAGUCGCCCGGCGAAGGAGGAGGAGGCCGACGGCCAGCCGCCGAGCAAGCCGAAGCCGGCCCCCCUGACUCCCACCAAGCUCCACCCGGCGCCGUUGCCCUCCUCGCCGGUCCACUACCCCGGACCCUCCCUCCUGCACUCCCCCAAGCCGCAGGGCUCUCCCUACCGCGGCCAGAGGGCGCUGUUCUCCGCUCCGCCUCAAGCCCUGCCCCCGGCGCAGACUCCGACCGGCCCGGCCGCUUUCCCCCAGUACAACGCGCAGAGUGACCCGCCCCCGCCCCCGCCUCCUCCACCGGCUACGGCGGCGUAUUUUCCUAGCCAGAGCGCCUCGCCCGCCGGGCCCUUCCCUGGGUUUAAACCUGCCGUCGCCCCCCCGUACCCUCCUGGUUCUCAACCCCUGAUGCAGACUAUUCCCCACAGUGUGCAUUACCAGAGCUCCGCGGCGCCGCCGCCCCCCCCUCCGCCCCCACACCCGAUGUCUGGCCCCACCCUGCUGCACGUCAACCUGCAGCCGUCUCCCAUCCAGCAACACCAGCUCAUGCUGAGCACCGCCGCCCCCCCUCCCCCCCCCCCCUCCUCCUCGCAGGGCCAGGCCCCUCAGCAGCAGCCUCCCGCCGGCAGCGCCUUGUUGUCGCUGACCCCUCCCCCGCCGCCUCCCCCGCCUCCCCCCGCGCCCUCGACCAACGCCCAGAUGCAGCCCCACCACUUUCAGAACUUGGGGGCUUUUCAGCCGGCGUUGCUGCACCCAGGCGCCACCGCCAACCCGUCAGUGCCCCCGUCGACCUACCCGCCACCCCUACAGCAGACCGGACUGCCCCCACCUCCCCCUCCACCCCCCCAACAGACUCAACAAGGCCAGGCCCAGGCCGCUGCCUCCCCUCGUGGCGCCCCUGCGUCCUCGACCCCCUUCCACAGCUCGGGCUACCUGAGCACUGGGUGGCACUGACGACCCCCUCACCCCCCCCCCCCCCCCCAACCCCCCAGCGGGAGCCCCUGAGAACUCUGCCGGAGAGGGGCGUGUAUCAUAAGCUGUAAAUAUGUUUUCUAUGUACCUGAACACGUGGCCAGUGGAAGAACAGCUGCUUGUGGGAUAAAAAGAUACUUUUCAAGAAUACAAACAAAACGAGGACAGUGAAAAAACUCUUCAAGACGAACUGGUGAAAAGGAAGAUGGACGAUCCCUCCCCCCCCCCCCCGGUGCUCUUUGCCCGCUCCCCCUGGCCUCCGUUUGUUUUUAUAUAUCCUUCCUGUGAUGGAGGGGGAAGUUCUUUGUUCUGUGACUUGUUUGGACCCCCGUUGUAAGCCCCCCCCCCCCGCACUUUGUUUAUCAAUGGACAUUCCAGCCUAACCCCCCCCCCCCCCUGCCCUCCCCUCCUUCAUCCUCCUUUUCCUCCUUUGUCAGUUACUCGUUUUACUUUCUCUCUCUCGUCUCUCUACACAUUAUUUGUUAUAACCUAGCGGCUCACUAUAGCAAAGAAAAAGCUUUUGUACAGAGAAAAAAAAACACUUAUUUUUUUUAUUCCUCUGUCUAACAACAAAUAUCUGCUCCCCGCUGCAGAUUCAGAAAAGACCCGUUUCUAGAAAGCCUGCCGUACCAUGCUGGGAGGCUGUGUGUGUGUGUGUGUGUGUGUGUGUGUGUGUGUUACAGGGUGUGUGUAUGUGAGUAAGGGGAUGGUUGCCUGUGUGUGUGUGUGUGUGUGUGUGUGUGUGUGUGUGUGUGUGUGUGUGUGUGUGUGUGUGUGCGCUUGUAGUCUUCUGAGGUAGGCAGAGGGGUCUCGCUCCCACAUGUAGGACGAUAGCGGUUUAUUUUUGAAUAUCAAUGGUUAUUUGUAGAAAGUGUAAUUUAAUGUAUAGGUGGUUACUGCAGCUUUCACCAGAAACAGGUUGUAAAUAUUUGCUUUUCUUUCUUUUCUAUGCUUGUACAAUUGGCUCCCAUCCCAUUUUUUGGAAAUAUGGUUGUAAAUAUGAACGCUCUUCUUGGCAAAGCUGAAUGUUUCUGUGACUGUAGCAUUAUUUUUAUUUGAUUUCUUUCCCUCUCUGGACUUUUCAACUUUGUCUUUGUUUUUUUUUUUGUAUUCUUUGUGUGUGUGUGUGAGUGUAUGUUUGUGUGGAGGGCAGAGACUCACAGACACUGCACUGUUCGGCUAUUUUCAUGGUUCAUUAUAAUAAAUCACUGUAAUGACAGUUCUAUACAA